AUGACCUGGUUUAUGGCCCUGCCACAGGGAUCCAUAAAGAAGUUUCGUGACUUUGCGUCGAAAUUCGUGGGCCAGUUCUCUGCCGGCGAGGUCGAGGAUCUGUUUCAGAUUCGGCAGGCGGAGCGAGAGACGUUGAAGCAGUACGUGGAACGGUACAGCGCCGCGUCCGCAAGAUUUGAAGAGGCGGAACCUCGGACAUGCGUAUGCGCUUUUAAGAACAGAUUGUCGUCAGGAAAGAUGAGCUGCGAGCUGAGUAGGAAACCAACGCGCUCGAUGACAGAGGUACGCACCCGAGCCAGAGAUUACAUCAUGGAAGAAGAAGACGACGCAUGUAAGAGGAAACAGUUGAAGGCGGCAAAGGUGUCGCUGGCGAGGAAACAGAUACAGGACAAGGAAGCAAGUAAUAUGCUGAAGGUUAAGGAAGUUGGCCAAUUAAUUAAAGAAUUCAGGGGAAAGCGUUCUCGGCGGGCAACUAACUUUCGUCAACGAAAAAGGCCAGAGGGAAGCGCGGGCGAUGAAUCGGAAAAGUCACUACUGGAUGCGGCGGUUGUGGAAACAGGCGAGGAUGGCGAGUACGGAAUUGACCCCUGGCACGACGUCAAGGGCCGGUCCAAGUGGUGUGAAUAUCACAACUUGGGGAGCCAUAACACCAGUGACAGUUUAUCUCUGAAGGGCCAAAUUAGGCGGCUGAUGAAGGCGAGGCCAAAUGCGGGACAUGGGUUGUACAAGACAACAUGA